UUGUUAAAGCUAAAAUCAACUAAAUAAACCGAAAAAACAAAGGCAUUGCCCUUUAACUCUGAGAGGCAAUGGCUUCGAUGCUUAGCUCAGGAACUGUCCUUAGGCCAACCCCAUUUCUUGGCCAAAACAAAAAGGCCAACCCUCUCAGAGAUGUUUCUGUUGGCACUGGAAAAUACACAAUGGGAAAUGAACUGUGGUAUGGACCAGACAGAGUGAAGUAUUUGGGACCCUUUUCAGCUCAGAUUCCAUCCUACUUGAACGGAGAGUUCCCCGGUGACUAUGGAUGGGACACUGCUGGUUUGUCAGCCGACCCUGAGGCCUUUGCCAGGAACAGAGCUCUUGAGGUGAUCCAUGGAAGAUGGGCAAUGUUGGGAGCACUAGGCUGCAUCACCCCGGAAGUCCUUGAGAAAUGGGUUAGAGUGGACUUCAAGGAACCGGUAUGGUUCAAGGCUGGAGCUCAAAUCUUCUCAGAAGGUGGCUUGGACUACCUCGGCAACCCCAAUCUCGUCCAUGCUCAAAGCAUUCUUGCCGUCCUCGGAUUUCAAGUCAUCCUCAUGGGUCUCGUUGAAGGUUUCCGUAUCAACGGUCUCCCUGGUGUCGGAGAAGGCAAUGACCUUUACCCUGGUGGUCAAUACUUUGAUCCUCUUGGUCUUGCUGAUGACCCUGUCACGUUUGCCGAACUUAAGGUUAAAGAAAUCAAGAAUGGAAGACUAGCCAUGUUUUCUAUGUUUGGUUUCUUUGUCCAAGCCAUUGUUACUGGAAAAGGUCCCCUGGAAAACCUCUUGGACCACCUUGACAACCCUGUUGCCAACAAUGCUUGGGUCUAUGCUACCAAGUUUGUACCCGGAUCGUAAAUGAAUAACCCCCACCCGCAUGCUAUCGAACUUGUUUCAUAAUUUGCUUGUGUGUUAAGAAUGGAGAUAUGUAUCAUCCAUGUACUUGUAGAUUUUGAAGAUUUAAA